AUGACAGUCUCAAAGGUACCACAAAAGUUUCAAGGUUUUGCAGUUGAAGAUUCCAAACAAUGGAGCUCUGCAAAACUUGUGAGUUAUGACAGAAAAAAGAUAAACCCAACUGAUGUGGUGAUUCAAAAUAUAGCAUGUGGUCUUUGUGGUACCGAUAUCCAUGUUCUUCAAGAAAAUUGGAGCAAAAAAUUGAGGAAAGAUACCGUUGUUGGCCAUGAGAUCAUCGGCCAUGUCAUUGCUGUAGGCGAUGAUGUUACUCAGGUAAAGGUAGGUCAAAGAGUAGGUAUCGGUGCAGGUUGCUCUUCAUGUCGUUCAUGUAAUAGAUGUUCGCAUGAUAAUGAGCAAUACUGUAGCAAAGAAGUGGGUACCUAUAAUUCAGUUGACACCUUCUCUGAUGAUUAUGUCACUCAAGGUGGUUAUUCUUCCCAUUCGAUAGCUAACGAACAGUUCGUUUUUCCAAUCCCUGAUGGAUUGGACACUUCUGUUGCGGCUCCAUUGAUGUGCGCUGGAUUAACUGUUUAUUCUCCAUUGGUAAGAAAUAUUGGUCGUCAUGCUGAAGGUAAAACUGUCGGAAUCAUCGGUAUUGGUGGUUUAGGUCAUUUGGCCAUUCAGUUUGCGAGAGCCUUGGGUGCUGAGGUGUAUGCUUUCUCCAGAACUUCUUCCAAGAAGAAAGAAGCUAUCCAAAUGGGUGCACAUGGUUUCGUUGCAACCAACGAAGAAAGUGAUUGGGUAUCGAAGUAUGUUGACAAAUUUGACUUUAUUUUGAAUUGUGCAUCUAGAGCUGACGGAUUCACCUUGAGUAACUACUUAUCUAUCUUAAAGGUUGACCUGAAAUUCAUUUCUGUUGGCCUCCCCCCAGUAAGUGAAACUUUUGAAGUUUCUCCAUUCACUUUCCUCAAAAAUGGGGGAAGUUUUGGCUCAUCCCUUCUUGGCUCGAAGGCCGAAGCUUUAGAAAUGCUCGAGUUGGCUGCAGCUAAAGGUGUUAAGCCUUGGGUGGAAGAAGUUCCCAUUAGUGAACAAGGUGUCAAAAAUGCUUUGGAAAGGUGCAACAAAGGUGACGUUAGGUAUAGAUUCGUGUUUACCCAAUUCGAUAAAGCAUUUGAACAGUAG